AAUUUGAUCUGCCGCAUGGCCAUGUUGUUUGAGUGACCUUCACAUGUAUAUCCCGAACAUUAAAAUAAUCGGAUCACACCCAAUAUUUUCAAACGGACAUUUGGACCGACAUUUUCUAGUAAGUUAUUGGUCCAGAGAAUUUUUAACCGGCCUUGCCGACAGGACCAGCAGUUUUCGACAACUCUGUGCUAUAUUUCAGGGCUCCAGUUUGAUGCUGAAAUUGUGACAAUAAAAGUUGUAGAUUUGUGUGGGGCAUGGCAUCUUGUGGAAUAGAAGUGAACGCUGUUCUGAAUCUUAUGAAAAUUUUGGUAACACCAGAGGUCAACUCUAUGAAAAAGAAAGACACAGAGAAUGAGAAAACCGAUGACAUUUUUGGUACAGUUUUAAGAAACAGUCUGCAAGCAUUUUGGCAAUCACUGGAGGAAGAGAAACAUUUGGAAGUUAAGAACAUUUUCCGGAAAAACUGCCACAAACUAAGACAAAAGUGCAAUGCAGAAUUAACAAUUCAGACAUACCUAGAAGUCUGUCAAGUUUUGUUAUUCACCCUUCAUGUAGUCAUACAGCAAAAAAUGACCCAGUUUAAGAAGACGGAGAAACGGGAACUGAAACCAAAUGAAGCUCCUCCUCUUGCUCCAGAAAUCUUGAGCGUGAAUCACCAGAAAAUUGUUCUUUCAAUUCUGCAAUUUAUUGCAGUACUGGGUGUGUGUCCCCACCUACAGCCAGGGGUCGGCAUCCCUCUAGAGAGACGGUCAGAAUUUGGAAAAUUAGUGCUAGAAUCGUCAGUUUUUCCAAAUAAGUCCUGUCAGGAGAAUUAUGUUUCACUUCUUAAGACUGUAUGGGUAUUGGUCACUUGCUUGGGGUCACGAUCCCUAGGUCAGAUUAUACUGUCUCGUCAUCUUGGAGACAUUCUUGCUGCUCUGCUUCAAAUUGUUCACGGAAGACAGGAUGCAAAGGCUGAGAGUGGAAGAAUAUCUGUAGUCAGAGAGACAAAUCAGAAAUGUAGUGAUGCUAUAUCAGAAGGGAGGAAAAUGGACACUGAUUCAGGAAAGUGGACACCUGCAACUAUGGUUGACAUGGUAACACAAAGAAGUCUAACUGAUUCCAUAAAUAAAACUGAUGAAAUCAAAAUGCAGGAUGAUUCUGAUACAAGUGAAAAUUCACAUCGAACUCAAAGUUCAAAACGACAAGAAGAAACUAACACUGUAGCACAGAAGUCAAAUGAUAAUGAUCACAAGUUGGCAGAUACAAAGUGUGAAGAAUGGACGAUGGAUAUCUCAUUUUGUGAGGAAUCUCUUGGUGAUCUCAUUAAGAAGGUCCAUCCAUCCUUGCUGGUCAGGGAACUCCUGAUGCUACAAGGUGCUCCUGGACCCAGCUUUACGAAAAAGCAAUCUGUGAAUCGUAAAUUUGUUCUAAGUCAAUCCCCAAAGUGGCUAAGACGGAUAUGUGGUCGAAUGUUAUCAGACAUUUUAAUGGGAACUGAUGGCGUUAUCAACAUCAUCAAGGGAAUGCUGGGAAAUGUACCAGAUGACAGUAAUGUUGGUCCACCAGAUUGGAGAAAGUUUGAUGCUGUUGCCAAGGUGAUUUCCACUUGCCCUUCCCACCUAGAAUCUGUGGAAGAAUAUUAUCAGAAGAUUUCUCCCCAGAUAUUACAGAUGCUUCACCCCAAGGACAAACAGAUUGGACGAGGCCUGCUGCGGGUGGCUUGUACGACAAUAUCCCUCAUGUCGUCCCACAACAGGGCACUGACAGAUAGAUACUUGAUACAGCCUCUGUGUAAACCCCUUAUACAAAGCACUGAGCACCAUGAAAUGGACACUGAUGAGGGAGGCCAGUUUAUCAUUGUGGACGAAGCAGAAGUCAGAGACUGUAUUGAAGGCCUCCACAAGGUGUUUGUUGGAGGAUUGGAGCCCAGUAGUCCCCUAUAUAUCUGUCUACUUCCAAUAUGUCAGCCUCUAUUUGAACUAUUCUGUUUCACGAGAGAAGGGCCUUCACAUUUAAGUUCUUCAUCACAAGAAGUGUUAGUAUCUGUACUGAAAAACAUGGACCCACCAGUUUGUUUGUCAGUGUUAAAAUUUCUCAUACUACAGGACAACAUAGAUGUGUCUACAAAAUCCAUGAAGAUUCUUAAUUCAAAUCUGACCUUUGCAGCAGGAGCUCAAGGUGGUGUUGUCAUAGUGACAAGACUUCAGAGUGAUACAUGUGAUACAGAUUACAACAGGGUUGUGAGGGCCAUGGUGGACAUUCUCAGACCUUUACAACAGACUGGCAUCACAGGAGACUUCCUCAUCUUCACACUGCAGGAGCUUCAGAGGAUAAUUACCAAUGAAAUUUCAAGUGAAGACCCAGAAGUAUCAGAACCAGUAUCUAGUCAUCACUCUGCACAUUGUUUGCUGGACAUUGAGGACAGACAAAACAGAGAGUUGAGAUCCUACACUCAGAAGGUCGUGGUCCUCAGUGUACUCGCACAGCUUUGUGAGGACCUAGGACCGGGGUGCAUCAAAAGUCCCUCCCAAACUCUCAAGUUUGUACAGGCCACAUUAGAGAGGGCACUUCAGAUCUGUAGCCAAUCAGAGGAUGAGAAAACCGGGUAUUUUGAGAGUGAGACCUUAACCAUGGCAAUGAGUCUUUUGACAGCCAUGUUGUCAGGAGCUAUGGAGAUAUCAGCUAAGGACCGGGAGGACAUGAACACUCUCAUGCCUCUUCUUAAUGAAAUCAGUCAAGUACACACUGAUCUUAGUGUUCAAGAAAUGGCCUCUGACCUCAGGAUUGCUAUCGCAACACAUGGAGUGGUGUGGUCAGAGAAACUGGAGAAGACGACACCACGGGAUACAGAAGUAACAAAUGCCAAGGAAAGUAAAGCUAAAUCUCUUAUUGAAGAGCUGUCAUGUCAACCUUCUCCAGACAAAUCAAAGAUAAGCAGUGAUGGGGACAAGGAGAGAGUAAAGUCUGGACUGACAGAACUAGGACAGGCGAUGGAGGAAAUCUGUGAUCCGUUAAUUCCUGUCAGAGGUCACGCCCUGAUUACUAUGUGUAGGCUGAUCAAAAAGAGAGACCCUGAGGCUGUCAAGAAACAGGAAACCCUCCUGAAGAUCUUCCAGGAGAAUCUGGCCCAUCUGGACUCUUACUUGUACCUGGCAGCUGUUAAUGGACUGGUUGCCAUGGUAGAUAUUGUUCCAGACACCAUUAUUCCCUGCCUGGUAAAGGAAUAUAGAGACAGGUCCUCACAAACUGAAGGAAAAAGUCAGAGGUCAAAGGUGAAUGCUGAGACUAGGAUGAAGGUUGGGGAAUGUUUGGUGCAGACCUCCAGAAAUCUUGGUGAUAUGGCUCCAAAGUUCAGAGACCUUCUGUUGUCAACCUUCCUAAUGGGGACAAAGGACCCAGAUCCCUUGAUAAGGGCCAGCAGCAUGUCUAAUCUUGGAGAAGUCUGCUCAGUACUGAAGUUUAACCUGGGCCCUAUCAUUCAGGAGAUUUUCACAUGCUGCAGUGCUUUACUGAAGUCUGAUCCGGAUGCGAAAGUUCGGAAGGCCUCAGCCCUGACCUUAAUGUUCAUAUUGAGAGGUCUAGGACACAGUGCGAUACAGGUCCUGGACUCAGUGAUGCGUGACCUGUACCAACUCCUGAAGUUGAUCCUGAGGUCGGAAAAGGAUGAAAGUGUACAGAUGCAAGUAGUUCUGGUGUAUAAUGAGCUGGAGGACAUAAUGCGAGAGGUGCUGUUUCCCAAACAGACCCUGCAGAAAAAAAUCCGAGUCCGUAACGCCGAGUGCUAAUGGAUCAGAAGUGUUGAUUAUUGAAUGCACAUGAUAAACUGCUACGUUCAUACAUUCAAUGCACAUGAAUAAAAUGUCUAUAUCGUGUGGAAAAUGAUGUACAUGAUUUGCACAAUUGUAUUGUUAUGUUUUAGUUGACAGUGACAUAUUGGUCCAACGGGCUGGGUGUUUGAUUUGGCAUUUAAUCAAGUGUUUGUAAUAAUAACGCAUGUCACCAUAAUAAAUCAUCUACUUACGUA